CUCUCUUCUUCUUCUUCGUCGCUUCAUCUCCAAGAAACAGAUACAGAGAUACUCAAUCUUUUUCUCUCUAGAUCCUCUGUUUCUUGAUUGAUUUAGUUUCAUUAUGGAGGUAUCAGCUUAUGAUCGAAUCAAAGCCGAACUGUUAAACGCAGAAGACGAAGUAAUAAUCUCACGUUAUCUGAAGCGUAUGAUCGUUAACGGAGAUUCUUGGCCUGCUAACUUCAUCGAAGACGCAAACGUGUUCAACAAGAAUCCAUAUGUGGAGUUUGAUUCUGAUAGCACUAGCUUCGUGAUCGUUAAACCUAGAACAGAGGCUUGUGGUAAAACCGAUGGAUGUGAAUCGGGUUGCUGGAGGAUCAUCGGUCGUGAUAAACUUAUCAAAUCGAAAGCGACUGGGAAGAUUCUAGGGUUCAAGAAGAUUCUCAAGUUCUGCAAGAAGACGAAACCUAGAGAAUACAAGAGAAGUUGGGUAAUGGAAGAGUAUAGGCUUACCAAUAACUUGAACUGGAAGCAAGAUCAUGUGAUUUGCAAGAUUCGGUUUCUGUUUGAAGCUGAGAUUAGUUUCUUGCUAACCAAGCAUUUCUACACUACAUCAAAAUCACCUCUUCGUAAUGAGCUGUUGCCAGCUUAUGGAUUCUAUUCCAAUGAACAAGAGAAUGAUGAAUUUUAUUGUGUGAAGAUAAUGAGUUCUGAAGGAAACGAUUGGCCUAGCUACGUUACCAACAACGUGUAUUGUCUGCAUCCAUUGGAGCUUGUGGAUCCUCAAGAUGAGAAGUUUCAACGUUUCGGAAUCUGCAUAUUCGCUAACAAGACUAAAGCUAUAAGAGAUAAAUGCGAUGGUGGUUACUGGAAGCUCUUACGCCAUGAUAGGCCGAUCAAGGCAGAGUUCGGGACCAUUGGUUACAAGAGGCUUUUUGAGUUUUGUGAAACGGAGAAAGAAGAAUAUGCUCGUAAUGGAAAAGAUGUGAAGGUAACUUGGACUAUAGAAGAGUAUAGGCUUAGCAAAAACGUGAAGCGGAAUAGGUUCUUGUGCGUUAUCAGGUAAACCGAUGAUAACUAGCUAGGGACUUCUAUACUCUGGUUUCCAUGAUCGAUCAUUUUACAGACAUGGUCAUGAUUCAUGAGUUUUGUGUUUCUUAUUUCUUUGUUCAUUAUGGUUUAGAGACUAGUAUGCCAAUUUAUGAAAUGAAACCAACUACAUGUUUCUGAA